AUGUGGACCAGCUGGUGGCUCUGGCCCCUGGUGGCCGUCUGUGCUGCAGACUCAUUCCGGAACGAGGCGGAGAGGAUCAUGCGGGACCUGCCUCUCGUCGAUGGGCACAAUGACCUGCCCUGGCAGCUGCUGAAUCUGUUCAACAACCAGCUGCUGGACAAGAGGGCCAACCUGACCACACUGGCUGACACCCACACCAACAUCCCCAAGCUGAAGGCUGGCUUUGUGGGGGGCCAGUUCUGGUCUGCGUAUCUACCUUGUGAGACUCAGAACAAGGACGUGGUGAAGAGGACGCUGGAGCAGAUGGACGUCAUUAACCGCAUGUGCCAGAUGUACCCCGAAGACUUCGUGUGUGUCACCAGUAGUGAAGGCAUCCGGCAGGCCUUCAGGGAGGGGAAGGUGGCCAGCCUGAUCGGUGUGGAGGGCGGCCACUCCAUCGACAGCAGCCUGGGUGUCCUGCGGGCACUCUAUCACCUGGGGAUGCGAUACAUGACCCUCACUCACAACUGCAACACACCCUGGGCUGACAACUGGCUGGUGGAUGACGGAGUUGACAAGGCUCAGAGCCAAGGGCUGUCAGACUUUGGGCAGCAAGUCGUGAAGGAGAUGAACCGCCUGGGCAUCAUGAUUGACCUGGCUCAUGUGUCAGUGGCCACCAUGAAGGCUGCUCUGAAGCUGUCCAAGGCACCAGUCAUCUUCAGCCACUCCUCGGCCUACAGCCUGUGUAGGCAUGCCCGGAACGUGCCAGACGAUGUGCUCCAGAUGGUGAAGGAGACAGGCAGCCUGGUGAUGGUGAACUUCUACAACUACUUUGUCUCCUGCUCUGAGGGUGCCAACCUGUCCCAGGUGGCUGACCACCUGGACCACGUGAAGAAAGUGGCAGGAGCCGGAGCCGUGGGCUUUGGCGGGGACUAUGACGGUGUUACCAGGCUCCCGGUGGGGCUGGAGGACGUUUCUAAGUACCCAGACCUGAUUGCGGAGCUGCUCAGGAGGCAGUGGACAGAGGAAGAGGUCAGGGGUGCACUGGCUAACAACCUGCUGAGAGUCUUCGAGGAAGUGGAGAAGGUGAGCAACCACAGCGAAACUCCAGAGGAGACACCCAUCCCACUGGACCAGCUGGGCGGCUCCUGUAGGACUCAGUAUGGCUACUCAGAAGCCCCCGGCCUCCAUCACCAGCCAGGGGCCCUGCUGGCAUUCCUGGUACCUCUGCUCUUCAGCCUGCAGCCCCUGUGACUCUUCUGGGAUCAAGGAAGACAGGCUGGCCUAAGAGCACAAGGCCCAACCUCUCCUGUGCAAGCAGCUGGGAUUGCUGGUGGGAGGGGGACAGCCCAGG